AUGAAGUUCCAGAUCACUUUCUCCGCCCUUCUCUACACUUUAUUGCAGAUACAAUCCGCUCUUGCGAACCGGGGCUACGAUGUUCUUAAUGCAGUCUAUCAAAAGGCUCACCCGGGCCAAAACAUGGCGGCCAACCAGCGAUAUGUCUUCGUUGAAAAGUAUCAAGGCGGCUCAACUGAUAUGGAGCAAUGUGUUGCCGGAUACACCCACGUUGCUGUGGUUGUAGGAUCUGUUAUUCACACGGGACACGAUCAACAUUUCUUCCAAGGAACUAUGUACCAUCUGACCACACAAGGUGAUCGAAUUUUCAAUUAUGGGGAUCCAAUUGAGAUUCCUAUGGUCCCGGACUGGUCGCCCAGGACUUACCGCGUGGCUACCGUCACGUUAUACAAAGGCACCACGACUGCCGAAGAUUCAACGAUCAAGAAUCUCCGUGAUCAAUACCUCCGCGAACACGCGAAGUACAGUCUUAGGUCGAAUAAUUGCAACUCAUUCGCAGAGUGGAUGACGAGUAAAAUUGUUUCGUGA